ACGUAGAAUUCAGGCAGGCAGGGAAAGCAGCGAGCGCUGAGCAAUCGAGGGAACGAGUGAGCGGUUCUCACCGUCAGACCAUAACCAGCAGUUGUCUGAAAUUGUUUCUCGCGGACUUAUUUACGAAUUAUUCAGGAGGAGUUAUCUUUGAUAUCGAGUUAACAGUGUUUAUUAGUGGUUUAUUGAAAGUGAAAACACUGAGCGACAAUGGUUGUAAAAGUUUACAUAUCAGGGAUUAGUGGAAAUAAGGAAGUAAAAAAACGACAGCAACGGGUACUUAUGAUUCUGGAGAGUAAAAAUGUCCCAUAUGAAGUAACGGAUAUCACAGAGCCAGGAAAAGAGGCGGAGAAGGAGUUCAUGCAGAGUAAAAGUAACCCAAAAGAUAGCAAGUAUCCACUACCACCGCAAUUAUUCAACGAUGAAGAAUAUUGUGGAGAUUAUGAAGACUUUGAUCUGGCCAAUGAAAUUGACGAACUAGAGAAGUUCCUCAAAGUUACACCUGCAAUUAGCACUGCAGAAAUAACCCUUGGAAGUAAAUCUCCGCCUAAAGAAACGCAGCAAAAUGGAAAUACAUCUAGCCGAGAGCCAUCUAUCGAAAAACCUGCAUCAACGACUGAACCAGAAAGUACUGCCGAAAGGAGAUCUUCGACGAUUGAAGAGACUCAAACCAGUGAACCGAAGGUGGUAGAAAACGAGACUGCCGAAUCGAACGAAUCAGUGGAAGCACCCAAAGAUGAGGUAAAAGACACACAAGAGGAUAACACUGAAGUAUCCGACGAUGCUGCUGAUAAAAAUGAGGAGAAAUCUGAUGACCAAGCAAAGGAAGAAUAGAUAUGAGUGACACGUUUAUGUGAAACAAAUAAUAUAUCGAAAACGAAUUUUUAAACUUCGUUUACUCUUAUUAAUGGCUCUUUAUAGCAAGAUGCUUAUUAUGCAGGUAAGGCCAAAGGAAUUUACUGCCAAUUUUUGUGCAUCGCUUUAUGAAAGAAAGGGGUUUAAAUGAGAGAAAUAAGUCACCUUCAUAUUGUAUGGGCAUUAGCGAUAUUUUUUCCAUUUAAAACGUAUCGAAACAAUUUGGAUUGCUUCAAAAUUAUGCAUGAUAGAAUUUCAAACCAUGAUGUUGGUAAACUUGAACAGUCAUAAUUUGGAUUGUGUUUCACAAUGAAUUAUGCUUGAAAUAUUCAGACCCCUUGAUAAUAUACUUAGCAGUGAAAUAAAUUGAGAAAUACUUAUUCAUUGUUCAUAUUAAUUAGAUAAGCAUACGAGGAUUUUACAAGAUAUAAGAGAAAAAACAAAUAAAGAAUUUUAAUAUUCACAUUUAUUUGCAUGGCUUAUUUUGAUAUAAGCUUAGUAAUCUUUUGGUACAUUUUUCUUAAACUAAGAAAAUUCUUUCGAAGUUAAUGACACACGUUUGAAUUUUUCUCCAAUUUGCGUAACAAUGAAUAUUAUCCACUACAUCCUGUAUUCAAGUCAAUGUUUACAAUUAUUCUUUCAAUAGUGGGCUGGGUAUAUAUUGUUAUAAGUUGUUGCUAGGAGUCGUUAUCUAAAUGUAUAUCUUUAUUAUUGUGUUAUUAUUCACAUGUUGAUAUGUCUGAAAGAAAAUUCUAAAAUUUUAUCCAACGUUUUGAAUGUUACAAAAACAGAAUCAAACCGAACUUAGCAUAAGGCUACCAAAAUUCUUUCAUUGAAAAGUUUCUGUUACAUCGAUUAGCUUUAAAUUGUAACUUGGUAUUUUUAAGAUUUUCACAUUGAAUAAUCACGUAGCUCAGCAAAAAAAAUCAUUCAUUUUACCCAUAAACAAUAGUAUUGAUAAUGGUACGAUGAAAGACAUCUCACUUUGUGGUACUAUUACCGGUAUCAAAGAUUUCAUAUUGCGCAUCACCCUGUAUACAACUCGCUAAGCUUCUGCAUAUUUUCAUAUUUCAUAAUAGAACUGUGUGUAAAUUUUCAUAAAAGUCGCCUAGUAAUUUAAUAUAGUAAUUUUUUACUUAGAAUAUUUUGUCAUUCAUUCAAAAUGUUUUAGGGCCUAUUUCACCUUUACAAACAUGUGUUCUUCACAAUCUUCACGUGACUUACGCGUUGAGACAUUUCCUUCAUUGGAUUACAUAAAAUAAGGUGUUUAAUAUACUUGCAAAUUAGGUAGCUGCCAAUUUUUGAGUAUUGUUUUUCCCCCUUUCUUUUCACUUCCACGUGAUUCUAAAAUCAUUGCAACUGCAGAGCUUAUUAACCUUUCGUACUUUUCCGCUUGUGCAAUAUCAAAAUUUUAUGAAGCACUGAAAAUUUCAGUACAUGGCUUCAUGUUUGGAAUUUUUUUUUCCACAGUAGAUCCUUCAUAUUUCAUCGGAUUAUAAUAUAUACAUAAACAUCAAUUUGUACAAAAUAUAUUCGUUACGCAAUCGGCCUGUAUUUAUUUGAUGGUGUCAUUGUUACAUAUAUUACACACGCGAAUAAGAAUUUCACGAGAUUCGCUUAAGCAUAACCCAGAGUUGGUAUACUCAGAACAGUUUGAAGGCCACUUUAGUAUUUAAUGUAUGAUUUAAAAAGAGUAAAAAUUGAUAUAACACAUUAUUGUGUGUUCAAAUGUUUCGUCAAAAGUUGAAGUCGUGUUUGAUCCCAAAAAAAUUUUAAUAAAACAUACAAUUUUUCAUCACACGAUUUUUUAAGUUAAUUUAUACGAUUAUUUUUUGUUUUACUCUAGUUUUUGUAAAAUUAGGAAACAUUUUUAGUACUUUCUCAUUUAGAGUAAACGUUCAUAGAGUUUUGGUGCUAAAAUUACGUACACGUGUACAUGUACCUCAAGCAGUCAAAACCCCAUACUAUACUGAAUGUUCGAUUGAGUCAGUCUGAUUAUACUUAUGCGAAUUGAUUGCUUAGUAGAAAAUGAUGUAAAUACAUUUGGUCUACUAUCUAUAAUAAUACUAUAGGUAUGUAUAAACUACAUGUUAAUACUAUCGAAAUUUAUCAUUUAAGAAUCAAAAUACACAUAUACUAUAUUGAUAGCUCAUAAAAUGUUUGCCGUAUUAUUCCAAAUAUAAGUCGAAGUUGAUUGUGGCUGACAUGAUCCCCAAAAAACGUCCUCGAACUAUAUUCGGGGUUUUUAAGGAAUUUACUUUACAGACUGAAAUUGAGUUUUAUGAACAGUUUAAUCAUGAAAUUAGACCAAUGGAAUUCACGCUGCGAUAUUUUCAUCUACCUAAGUUCCAAUGAUACCCACUUAAAAAAAUGCUAGUUUAUAAAUUAGUAUGUAUAUUACUCUUGUGAUAUGAAUUUUGUCAUAAAAGUUGACUUAUAUUCAGUACCACAAAAAGGCCUGAAAUGCAGACUGAAAAUAACGGAUCGGCUUAUAUUCGGAGUAAUGCGGUAUCUUGAUUUGUAAAUCACAAAUGCUUGUUAUUCGUAUUUUGUAUAAUUGAUAGAUUGAAUUUAUUCGCCAUUACAUUAAAUACAUCUAUAUGCUAUGAGCGUAGUCAGAAAUGAAUAUAUAUAUAUAUAUAUAUAUAUAUAUACAAUCCAUUAAGGCUACAUGUAUUACUUUAACGUUAUAUCAACAUUGUAUUGUGACCAACCCGGAAUGAUAUCCGAAAACGAACUAUCCCUUUAUUUUUUUCUCAAUUUCUCAGGGAAAUAUCAGAUGUUUCAUAUCGAUUCCUCAAACAUUUUUCAUUGGUGCAUUAGGAGGGCCCGUCACACCAUGGUAUGAACAGCCUGAAAACAACAAUUUUGAACACGUUUCUUUCCUCAAGGUUUCAUCAAGGUUUUGGAAAUUUUUACGGCUGUGGCAUGACAUCUUAAAAUCUAACGUCAGCAUACUAAAGAAAAUCUACGACCUGGCUUGGUUUUAAAAAAUAUAUAUAUACGUAUUUUUUUCUUCCAGUGUUGCAUACUUCCUAUAUGUAAUGUAUAAAUAUCGACGACUGGACUGUGAAUCAAAGAUACCAGUCUUUACAUGCAAAGAUAUCUCACAGCAAAAUGUUAAAACACGGAUUUUGUGGUACGAUAUUUGGAUAAUUAAUAAAUACAGUCUAAGCUGUUUUUUUCCAUUCAGGAUUAUACCCAACACAUUGUACUGCUUUCAAAAUUACUUACACUAGAUGUGGCAUAAUCAAAAUCAGGUUGACCACUGACUGAACAUGAGUUUCAACCACAGCGUUAAUGAUACUGACUUACUACAAAAAACAAAUAUCGAAACGAUUUUCACCAUUUACAUUUCGUUACAUAGCAAAUACUAGAAUGGCAAUUAUUAAACUGACUGAUGUGUAGCGAAUCAUCAAUUAAGUAAUGUGUAUUAUUGUUGAAUUAAUGGGUACAUAGGUAACUGGAAAAGAAUGCUAAUGCAUAUGAAAACACGCCAACUUGAAUGAAAAAUCAUAAAUAAAAUAAGAUUUUUUCAAAUAGUUUUUUUUUUUUAUUAGAAGAUAUUCACAACAAAUUUGAUUUUUUCAUAUUUCUCUUGUAUUUUUUAUAAGUGCGCACGUUUACAUGCCUCAAGAUGUUUAAAUACUUUCCCUUUCAGCUCAUUCAAUGAAAUUUAGACUUUUCAAAUGACACGUAAUGCAAAUGUGCAAUCCUUUUAUCAAUUUAUAUAAUUCGAUAUUUUAACUCUGUGGAGACAAAGAAUUGAAUGGAACUGAAUGAAUUACCUAGCAGUGUGUACAAUAAACUUCGAAUCAUAACUUUUCAUUAUUAUUAAUUUAGCUAUAUUGAUUAUCGUAUUUAUAGAAGUGGUUUUAUCGAUAAUUUGUAAAAGUAUAGUAAAUAGCUGUGAAAAUUGGAUGUGUCCGAUUAUUUCUGUGCAAAAAUGACUAGACAUGUAAAAAGUCUUAUCAAUUUUAUCAGUACUUUGAAGAUUAAUGCUUAGUGUGAUUACGAAAAAGUCAUUGUACAUUUGCAUUAUUUUACAUCAUCUCAGCCAAGCGUAGAUGAAUAUUGAAUAAGUACCGACAGGCUUAGUACGAAAUACAUUCUGAAUAAAUAAAAAUAAACAUAACCCUUAGCGAGAUAUGCAAUAAGCUAACACAUCCUAAGUACAGGUAAAAGUGAUACGAAUAUUAUGCAUUGCGCGUUUUAUCAUU